GUGGUCUCCAGUGGAUUCGAAGACGUACAAUUACGUAAGUGCCCCUCCCCCAACCUGUCCCUCACUAGUCCCGGGAGACCCCCGGGCGGGAAGGGGAGGGGUGGCGGGCGGGGGCGCUCCGGGCAGCCCCAGCCGGACUCUGGCCGGUCCCUUCGCAGAGAUGCUGCCGCCCCCCAAGCUUUCCUUGGAACCCGGCUUUCCGGUCAAGCUGGGGGGCAUGGUGUCGUACCUGUGCGUGGGCGCCUACGGCUCCGAGAGGUACCGCCUGGUCCGAGAGAUCCACGGCCGCCUGCGGACCGUGAUCAAUCUGGAAGCCCUGUGGGGCGGCCGCGGAGCCACGUUCAACUUGACCGACCUGGUGGCGGAGCAGGCGGGGCCCUACCUGUGCGUCUACAAGUUCGGGGAGCUCUACUCCAAGAACAGUGACAAGGUCCCGCUCAUUAUAAGAAACGUCCUGGAGAGCCCCUUCCUGUGGGUCUUUCCCCCCGGCUUCGUCAGCCCGCGGCAAACCCUGUACUUCCACUGCAACUCCAGCCUGAACCUGGACAGGUACUACCUGUACCACGGGGCCAUCGAGGCCAACAAGCCCUUCAUCGAGCCCCUGAACAUCUCGGCGCACGAGGCCCAGUUCUACUUCCGGGAGAUGCACCGGCGCCUGCUGGGCGAGUACCAGUGCCUGGCCUACCACUCCCGCAACCCCUAUCACCUGACCGGCCUCAGCAACAAGGUGCUGAUCACUGCCGGUGCCCCCCGCUGCCCGCCUCCUCCUGGACGUCGUCUGAUCCCGCGGCCCUGACCGUGGCUGCCCUGGGACGGCUGCUGGCCUAGGCCGGGCCGCCGGGGGAGCCCCCCCCCCCGG